AUGGCAUUUACACAACUAUUUCAGCACAAAAAGAUACUCAAAUCGAUCGUAAAACCCUACUCGAUUCUCGCAUCAUUACAACUGAAGCACUUGGGAAAAAAUGUUUCAUUUUUCUCGACGCAUUGGCCGCGUGGGCUCAAAACUACACGCAUACUUUUCAAUCCCGCAUGUUGUAAUGAUAAUACGACCACGAUAGCUUCAGAAACUUCGAUUUGUCACCCAUUCACACUCCUAACGAAGUCACCCGAAUAUUGGAUAGAUGAAUUCAGACGAUGCAAAGAUUUCGAGCAGUUACAUUCGGCUGCUACUCGAUUUUUUUAUUAUAAAACGGAAUUCAAUAAGCAUAGUAAUGCUGCACUUGACUUGAAGGUUUAUAUUGCUGCAUUAAAUGUUUGUAGACGGCUUGUUCGAACCACGAACUCUAAAAAGAUAGCAAAGGGGGAAAAUAAAUCGUCAUUUCCUGUUUUAAACGAAACUAUGCAAAAAUUUUGGAUAGAUAUUCCAAAAAAAUCAUAUACCACUAAAGACAUACUAAAAUUAGCGCGUCGAUUCUUUGAUCACGUCAAUAUAAAUAGCAGAGAGCACCUUCUCUAUACACAUUACAUGGCAGUAUUAGCUUGCGCAGGGCACGUAAAUACGAUAUAUACUUUAUUAGAAGAUAUGCAAGAACAAGAUAUAAGACCUAAUUCAUAUGCUUAUAAACACUUUAUAAAUGCAUGUGUGAAUUCUGGUGAUUUGGAACGAGCAUUUAAUAUGAUCGAUACGCCUGCGGAGGUGGUUUCUUCUGCAGCAGCUACUGAAUCUGUUGGACACUAUUCUCACCAGCCUUCACUUUUCAAAUUUCUAUUAUCGCGUGAUUCUAACUGGGUAAAAGCUGCUACAACUCUGGGAUGGGGAUUAAUUUUUGGUAAAUGUAUUUUAUACUCUUCUUGUAUAACAGAUGAUGGAAUAUUCGACAAUGUUUUAUUGGAGGCAAAUAGUGAUCAAUUAGCGAUUUUGACAUUUGGAAUAUGCUCGUUAAUUGGAAUGAGAUAUUUUUCACUAAAUUUAAUCGGGGAUUCCAAAUCAUUAUCAUUGGUGCUUGAGGGUCGAUAUACCCCGGAGAACGUGGAGUAUCCUCGUCAUUUUUUAAACACAUCAUCAACAAAUUCAGGAACAAAUACUGGUGCACUAUCAUCGUCAAAAAAUUUGAAUUCGGAUUAUUUAUACCCCGAGAAAUUACGACGAAACUUAUAUUGUACCAUGAUAAAUAGUCUACUAAAAAAUCGCCAAUUAGACGAUGCAUUGCAAGUGUUCUCACGAAUGAUCGAAAAGAAAUUACCAUUAGAUUAUGUUAAUUACAAAAAGUUCAUUGAAUCAUUAUGUCAAGCAGAAAGACUACACGAUGCAGUUGAGGUGACUUUAUAUGCAAAAUGUCAAGGAAAACAAUUAUCCCCUAGUAAUGAACUCUUGCCUAUAAUUCAAACAUAUCAAAGGAAAAAUGAUAACGAGGGAUUAGAAAGGUUUUAUAAUAUCGUAAUGUAA